AAAUAGUUAAGAUGACUUAUCACAUAUUUGUUCCAUCAAUUGAAUCAAGAAGAUUAUCUUGUUUAAUCUGCCAGGCUACAGCCCGCCACAGUUCAUGACAAGUAAAUCUAACCACAUGGUGAAGCUGGAAAUCUACAGAUAUUAACACUUCAAACGUCACAGCUUGACCGGCUGCUUUCCAACGCAAAGCAAAGCAGGGUCACAGCCACCGUCGCGGUCCCGGCACGCUUCUCCGCUAACAAGCUCAUCAUGUGCAAAAAAGCGUCCCGAAAAGGAGAGCAGGAAGGGGUUUGUUUCUUAUUCAAGACAGUAAGAGUCAAAUUUAUGAAUGAUUUACUCCUGGGGUUGAGGGCUUGAUGCAAAUGAGCAUAAAGGAAGUUGUCAGCAGCAUCAUGCUCUGGCCAAUGGUAGGGAAGCUCCAUCUUAGCUGUGCCAUAGGCUGCAUUAAAAAAAGGGACCAGAACAGCGCUCUUUCAGCAUCCUUUCAGACAAGAGGUAGCUCCCAAAUCCGUGAGAGCGAGCACGCCAAGAGAACUCUUCAAGAAUGGCAACCCUCAACACCACUCACUGGAACGAGACUACAUCCAUUUCCCAGUAUCUGGGCUUUCAAGUGCAAAAAAUUUACCCUUUCCAUGACAACUGGAACACUGCCUGCUUUAUUAUUCUCAUCAUAUUCAUCUUUACUGUAGUUUCUCUGGUGGUGUUGGCUUUCCUCUAUGAACUGCUAGACUGUUGCUGCUGUGUGAAAAAUAAAACUGUGAAAGACUUGGAGAACGAACCCAAUCCUGUUAGAGCAAUGAUGAACAGCUUCAGAAAGCAUGAAACAGAGGUGGUGUAGGAAGGACUGAGCAUCAGCACGUUGAAGAACGUUUAACACCUUUGAAUGAAGCCUCUUGUACCUUACGAAUAAGCAAGUCACAUGGGUUUGGUUUGUUUUUGUUUUUUUUUUACUUAAAUGUAACAGCAACAGUUAUCAUUUUAUCUCUGGAUGUGAACUUGAGUAAUUGGCAAAGGCUUUCCGAGUGCUUAGCAAAAGGAUGAUCUGUUGCAAUGUUACAGGGGAAGAAAAGAUUUUUUGUUUUUAAAUGAACUUUUGUUGUUUAUAUUGAGUUACUAGUAUAGAUCUUUGUCUACCCGAAUGAACAAAUGUCGCCUAACAUGCAUAAAACUAUGUUGCUUAACUGGAGAAAAUGUUUAUAAAAAUGCUCAACAAUCUGAUCAUUCACAGUGCAAAGACAGAGCAGCGUCCUCCACACAGAGGCAGGAGAGACAUACAAGGGGUGAGAAAAAAAGAUACAGAAUAGAAGGGUUGAGUGGCAAGAGAUCCCGUGAGACAGGAGAGGCUGAUGUGAAUUCUUGGCUUUGGCAGAUCUUCUUAGUACGGGUUUCUCACUUUUAGAAGAAAGGGUGGUGAGAGGAAAAGCAUGCCAACAGGAAACAUUUCCCUAAAAUAGUCUUUUCUAACCUCCUGUGGUACAAUUUGACCCUUUCUCCCUCCCCUUCACCAGUUCCAGAGAACCACUCCCCCCUUACUUUGCAUUCAGCCUGUUUAAACAACUUCUGGGUGUCGUGAUGCAACUAAUGCACUACCUGAAGAACACGUUUCCACAAAAGCAUACUAUAGUGGUACUAUGGUCUAGAAGAAACAGGGACAUUUUUCUGCCUCAAGGCUGCUGCCUUACUACCACAACACUACAGGGAGUCAGACAUGCUGGAUAUAUCACCCCUAUCUUAACUUUUCAAAGCUGAAUUAGAACUGACCAAGCUCUUGCCAAGGAACACAAGCAGACAGGUCGCAGACCUUCCACACCGAUGACAGUAAUUUCACUCAGCCUGCCCACAGCUUUUGGGUGCCGACAUGCUUUACAAAGGAGGCCACACCAGGAUAGGCCUUGUGCUAGAGAUGGCAGGAUGGGUACACAGCGAGAAGUGACUUCAUUUUGCACAAAAGGAUCUCCAUCUCCUUCAUCAGCCUGCUGACGCAGCCCAGAGAGUUCACACUCAUGCCUCCCUCACAAACCGACCACAUAACACUGGCCUCUAGCUCACCAGAUGAUUUUUCUUCCGUAGACAUGUUGCAUCUAUGUAUUUUUAAAACCAUAAAAGUUUUGCAGUUACAAAUUAUAACUGUCAAAACAGCAUCCAACAGCGUGGCCAUCAGUGAUGCCCAGUAAGUCUUUUACACUCCUGAACCCAUAGAGAAGCAGGCCAGCAAGAAACAUCCCGGACCAAAGCCGCAUGUGGAACAAGGUAUUUAACUAUAUAAAAUUCUAAUAAUAUUCCUGUCAUUAGGGAAACAAAACCCACCUAAUGGCCAAACAGACCAGUAACCUACAACACUGAUAUCUUAGUCUAUUAGUGUCAGAAAUACCUUCGUGCCGCCACCAGUAUCUACAAUUACCUCUUUCUCUUUUUAAAGUAUAUAAACUCCCCCUAUCAGGUUCAGUAUGCUGAAGUUCGAGAAGACCUGGACACAAUGAAAGACUUGCUAACUCGACUCGUGUUCUUCCUGGUUGGCAAGAUGGGAGUCACCAGAUACCCAGGCCACUACUAACCUGCACAGCUAGUCCAGUGAUUCACCUGGAGAAGCCAUCUCCCUCCUGCAAUCAGAAAACAACGCAACGGCUGCUGCAACCAUUCAUCUCAGAGACACUUGUUACAGUGAAGUUUCACCAGUACCAGUCCCACAUGCAGAGAAUGCUUUUACCUAAAAAUCAAAAUAUAAGCACAACUAAUGGAAUCUGACACCACAGGUACAAGACCACUCAGGAUUCACACCAAGGUGUAUGAUGAAGAUAAUGUUAGUGAUGAUAAUGCCUUCUGCUCUCAGGAAUACUGGGUGGAUGCCUCAUUACUUCUGUUGUAUUUGACAGUGUCAGCCCUGAAAGACCGGUGUCCUGCUCUAACAGGCAAGAGUAGCCAGCGGGACACACUGAAUUAAUUAACAUGCCUCUUCCUGAAAGCAAACACUCCAAAUGGCAACAGGACCGCUAGCCACUUGCAGCGUUCCCACAAAACACUCAUCCUCGCUGCACACAAGAAGGCAGUGUGCAGGAAAUAACAUGGCUAGCCUCUGCUAUGCUGCCUUUGUGUUCUUAUGCCUUCCUGAGAAGCACACGCAAUGAAAAAUCUUGGGACUCAUUCCAGCUACUUACUUCACAGAUCUAUAAAAGGGGCUGGGUGUCUGCACAAGGAACAGAAGGCAAAGAUCUCCCCUUGCACAGCCCUAGCGCCUCAGGACGAUUCUUUCCCACAUGUAGACUAAGUCAUGAAACAGAUUCUGGAGAUUUCAGCUCUUGUUUACUGUUGGCUAAGACCAUCACGACAAAGGUCUUAAGAUGAAGACUAAGACCUCAGCCACAACUUACUAUUCAUUAAUAAAAAUAA